AAUACCAUCAUGAGUGCUUUAAACUCUAGUUUAUCUACUAAUAUGUCAUUUGUGCACCCUGAGUACUUUUUCAUCAGUGGUUUUUCUGAUAUGCCUUUCAGCAAAUACUACUUUGUUUUCUUAUUUUUUAUUUAUAUCACCUCUGUGUUUGAAAAUUCAGUUGUCUUUAUGGUGAUAUUAACUGACAGAAGCCUGCACAUUCCCAAGUACAUAGGGAUCUUCAAUUUAGCUUUGGCGGACUUUGGUGAAACAAAUGCUAUGAUUCCUAACCUUAUGAAGACAUUUGUUUUUGAUUCUCAGUACAUAUCGUACGGGGCCUGUUUAACUAACAUGUUUUUUGUGUUUGUAUUCAGUGGUGUACAGAGUUUAACUCUUGUUGUCUUGGCAUAUGAUCGCUUCAUUGCCAUUUGCUUACCCCUGAGAUACCAUGUCAUCAUGAAUAACUCCUUUAUAUUUGUAGUCUUAAUAGCAGUAUGGUCGAUUAUCACUUUUUUGAUGGGCAUGAUUGUAAUUUCAAUCACCAGACUUUCAUUCUGUAAAACCAAUGUGGUAAAAAGCUACUUUUGUGACCAUGGACCCAUUUACACAAUUGCUUGCAAUGACAACAGCAUAAAUUAUUUCAUGGCAAAACUAUGUACUGUAUUACUAAUCUAUGCACCAUUGGUUGCUAUAGUUUUGUCAUAUUUAGGCAUUUUCCUUUCCCUACGUAGGAUUACCACAUGGGAGGAACGACUUAAAGCACUGAAGACUUGUGUCUCUCAUCUACUGGCAGUAGGAAUAUUUUUCCUCCCUUUAUUGGGUAUAUACCUUGCGGCUUUAAUUUGCCCUCUGCAUCCCAAUGCUAGGAUAAUCAGUACUUCCCUAUCAAGUGCUCUUCCACCUAUGCUAAAUCCAAUCAUUUAUGUCUUAAAUACAACAGAAUUUAAGGGUGUCAUAUUGAAAGUGCUCAAAAAGAGAUCCACUGUAAUGGCCCAGGGUUGA